AUGAAGCUAGUGAGGUUUUUGAUGAAAUUGAGUCAUGAGACUGUGACUAUCGAGCUUAAAAACGGUAGUGUUGUUCACGGUACAAUCACCGGCGUCGAUGUAGCUAUGAACACACAUUUAAAAGCUGUUAAAGUAACUUUGAAAAACAAAGAGGAACUACAGUUAGAAACUCUAAGUAUACGCGGGAAUAAUAUAAGAUAUUUCUUACUGCCAGACAGUCUACCUUUAGAGACUUUGUUAAUAGAUGAUGCGCCUAAAGGGAAGGGAAAACGGGAAGGUUUCGCCAGAGGCGCUACAAGAGGUGGUAGAGGAAGAGGCAGAGGCGGCCGCGGAGGUCCUAGAGGCGGGAGAGGCGGCAGAGGCCGAGGUCGUCGAUAA